CGCAUGUACACGCACAUACUCUACAUCCUCAUAUGCAAAAAGAGAAACGCACACUUUCAUUACAGCAAGCCCUCCUGCCCCUCCGCCUCCCCCACUCACACUUCUUGUGUUGGUGUUUCUCAAGGAGGGUGACUCCAGGAUGCAGCUCCAGGUCUAGAGUUUCUCCUCCAGGCCGUCCGCACAGGUUCCACAAACCCAGCCCGGCCCAAACCACCCCAGGUAAAUCCAUGAUGCCCCUGGGACACCUCACCAAGGGGGCGAGCUGGGAGGAGCUGAUCCAGACCUGUUUGCAGUCUUUCGACACGGAUGGUGUUGUAUGUGGGAGCAGCCACCUGUUGAACAUCAGCCUGACCAUGCACCGUCUUCUCAUCUCCUCCAAUGAUCUGCUGGACAAACUCAUCACUCUAUAUAAACUAGCACUGGACAACGAACAGCCAACAGAGUGCCAGAAGAUAUGCUACUUCAUCAGGCAUUGGAUCCAGGAAUUCUGGAUAAGCUUCCGGUUGCAACACAGCUUGUCAGACAGCCUGGAACAGUUCCGGGAGCUGAUCAGAGAGCAGGGACAGGAGCAUCUUUGCUCUCUCCUAGAGACCAAAUGGAUAAAUGAACGGGACCGGUCGUGGAAGGCCAGCCAGAAGAUCAAAGCUAACUACAGUAAAAAGAGGAAAGUCUCUCUUCUUUUUGAUCACCUGGAGCCCAUUGAGCUGGCGGAACAUCUCACCUACCUGGAAUUCAAGUCCUUCUGCAGGAUAUCAUUUGUAGACUAUCAGAAUUACAUUCGCAGCUGCUGCAUGAAGGACAUCCCCGUGAUGGAGCGUUCCAUCGCCCUGUGUAACGGUAUCUCCCAGUGGGUUCAGCUGAUGGUGCUGAGCAGGCCAACCGCUCAGCUGAGAGCUGAGGUUUUCACCAAGUUUAUUCACGUGGCCAAGAGUCUACAUCUUAUGCACAAUUACAACACACUAAUGGCGGUGGUGGGAGGGCUUUGUCACAGCUCGAUCUCCAGACUGAAGGACACCACCUCACAUGUACCUAGUGAGGUCACCAAGGUACUGAACGAGAUGACAGACCUACUGUCCUCCUGCAGAAACUAUGACAACUAUAGACAAGCUUACAACAAGAUUACAGGUUUUAAAAUCCCUAUCCUGGGUGUCCACCUCAAAGACCUGAUUUCGGUCAAUGAGGCCAUGUCAGACUAUGUGGAUGACAACAAGGUGAACGUCCAGAAGCUUCAGGCACUUUACAGCCACAUUAAUGAGCUGAUCCAACUCCAGCAGAUCCCUCCCGGGCUGGAUGCUAACAAGGACCUGGUCCAUCUGUUGACGCUGUCCUUGGACCUUUACUACACUGAGGAUGAGAUUUACGAACUGUCUUACACCAGGGAGCCCAAGAACUGCAAAGCACCUCCAGCCACCCCCUCUAGACCUCCAGUGGUUGUGGACUGGGCAUCAGGAGUGGCUCCUAAACCAGACCCCCGAACCAUCAGCAAACAUGUGCAGAGAAUGGUGGACUCCGUGUUUAAGAACUACGAUCACGACGAGAACGGCUUCAUUUCUCAAGGGGAAUUUGAGAAAAUUGCUGCUAGUUUUCCGUUUUCCUUCUGUGUCAUGGACAAAGAGAAGGAGGGCCUCGUCAGCAGAGAGGAGAUCACAGCCUACUUCAUGCGAGCCAGUGUUAUCUGCUCCAAACUGGGUCUUGGAUUUGUCCAUAACUUUCAGGAAACCACUUACAUGAAACCCACCUUCUGUGACAACUGCUCCGGAUUUUUGUGGGGCGUCAUCAAGCAAGGCUACAGAUGUAAAGACUGUGGGAUGAACUGCCACAAGCUGUGCAAGGACCAGGUGGCAUUUGAGUGCAAGAAAAAUGCGAAAAUGACCAACGCCAUCGACAGUCCCACACCGAGCUCCACGCCUGUCACCAUGGGCACCUCAGAGGGUUCAGAAGAAUGUCCUUUCCCCUACCCGCCAGAUGACAGCAAAGACCUGAGCCCGGACUCCCCAGUCACCUCCCAUUUGAGGCCUGGGAGGGUCCAUAGUGGCACUCAGACAGAGGGACCCCAGCUUUUCUCCGCAGCCCCUGAAGCCAGUCGACCUCAGCCAUCUCUACUGGUCCCAGCAGCACCCACCCUGACUUCAUGUCCAAGCCCUGUGCCCCAGAGAAAACAGCGACACUGUGCCAAGUGGGAAAACCGAGCGUCUGUUGUGUCGAAGGAGCCAGAAGAGGAAAGCAAACCCACCUAUGAAUCUCUAGAAUUAGAGAACCAGAAGCUGCAGAAAGACAAUGAGACACUACGUAGGAAGCUGAGGGAGGCAGAGCGUGAGGUGGAAAUACUAAAGACACUGCUGAAGAGGCACGCUCUCCACCCUGUGGAAGAGGACUCUUCCUCCUAGACACAUACACACAUACACAUACACUGGACACCUUCCAGGGACCCUGGUGCUGACCCUGUGAGGCAGCAUGUAUAAUCUGCCUCACAGAUCUGAUCCAAUUUUUAACUUAUUGCCCAUGAACAGUGCAAGUAUUUUACCAGUGUAACGAGGCCCGGGCAAGUCACGAGGUAUAACGAGUGAUACAAUGCACAGUGUCUGAAAGCCAAUGGCACACAACAAUGAGUAUGUCACCAAUAAUAAGGACAUUUUCGGGGUGUGUAGCUACAGUACAUAGUACAAAAAAUACUGUAAAAAGGCUGUAGUGGUAUAUUUAAAGAAGUUUCAAGUGAGCAGAAGGAGCCUGUUCACUCUAUUGUUCUGUUUCCAGAAGAAUGAAAAUCAUUGCAAAAGCAUUACUCACUUUAUUUAGUGAAACAUUAAUUUAAUAACUAAUUAAUUAGUAGUUGCAGUUGGAAUAGACUUGUGUUAAAAGUAUAUAAACAUAAAACAUAUUGAAUGAAGGACUGAAAAUAAAGCAGAUUGUGUUUGAUCAAUUCUUGAUCAAUAACGAGAUUAGAUAUUUAUGUUAAACAUAAAAUGGAAAUCAGAGGCUGCAGUUUUCAAAAACAAUAAGUAUAUUCUGUAUAUGACAGGUGCAUUAUUAUUAUUAUUAUUAUCAUUAUCAAUGAUGAUGAGGGCCCACUGAUUAUAGCAACAGAACGAGUUGGGGGCCUCAGAACUGUCCCAUCAUUGUCCCUGUUCUUAUCAAUGCACAAGAUGUUUUAAGUGCGUCUGUUAAUAUUUAUUGUCUCAAACACUACACAGUUCAUAUAGAGAGUGACUUAAAUGAACAUUUUGUACAGUAUACUGGUACUUUAAGUGAAUUAUUUAUGCUUCUGUGUGUGUGUGCAUCAUAUUGAUACUUGAUUGUGCAGCCAUGUCAUUUUAUCAUUGUGUGGUCCAUUGCAGCAAUGUUGUACUGUGAAUGGCAAUCAAGAUACAUGUGUUUGUAAUGUGUCUAACGUACUGUAAAUACAAAGUAUACACAAUGCCAUCUUAAUUAAGUCAAGGUUGGUCCUUUCUCUCAGUUUCGUUCUCUUAUUGUUAUAAUAAACACUGUAAAUUCAA